AUUUAUUUCUCAAAUCCGUAACUCAUUGUAAGCCUACACUGAUGCUCUGAUCACACAUCCCAUGCCAUUGUCAUCAUAACACUCUUACGGACACCUGAACGUCCUUAAGACACCAGUGAUUGAGUGGAUGCAGAGGACAGACAUCUUAACACAUAUGCCAUCCCUGUGUUGAGCGAAGAGUUUGCAGAGAUAGACGACUGACAGACAAUGACUUCUUCGGUGGUCCUACAGCUGAGUCCGAGUGGUGUCCAUCACUCGGAGACCAUCGAUGAUAACCUCAAUAAUAACAACUCCAUUGGUUUCCAUCCGAUGGUCAUCAACGGCAAGAAGUGUCGCUUCCAUCUCAACACCACAUCCCAGUCCAUCAUUUGGGAACAGGAGUUGACCAACACUUACAACAAC